AUCGUUCAGGAUCGACCACAACUCCACAACAACAACCACAGCAACAACCACAGCAACAAUCACAGCAACAAUCACCACCCGUAUUAUCUGUUAACACAAAAGUCCGGAGAAAUAGCAAUAGUAGUUCCAAUAUUAGCAAUUACAAUGCAAGAACUGAAAUGAGAACGACAUCCUCACCCUGGCCGAAUACGUUCACAAUCAUACAAGUCAUGAACGAGGAUCUGUUCAGCCUGUAGGCAAUUUUUCUGUUCAGAUACAGGAAUAUGCAAUAAUGGAAGAUCUAUUGAAUAUGUUUGUUGGUGUCGAUGGUAAUUAUAUAACUUGCCAUAGACCAACCAUGUCAGUUGAAAGCGAAGAGAGGAAUGCCAGCCUAGCCGUGGAAGACGAUAUUAACGACAACGUUUACGAGGAUUGGGAUGCUACAACCUAUACAAUAGAUCCAACGCUAGAUCCCAGUAUAAAAAGCUUUGUCAACAAAAUUAUCUGUUUAGCAACAUAUUAUAUGUCCACCGAAGCUUUCAUUGAAGAGUAUUCUCAUUUCAAAUACGGCACUGUCAACCACGCUUUGUGUUCUGGCAUGAAAGAAUUCAUCAAAACCUACUUGAGUUUUGUAGCUCAAUUAGAGCAUUCAUUUCAUAACGACCCCACAUUUACUUUACAGAAGUUGUGGUUUUACGCACAAGAUACUAUACAGAAAAUGAGGGUUUUGCAUCAAUUGGCUAUGGCACUUCGAUCUAUAAAGCCAAUAAAAGAAGAUGAUCGAUUUGAUUAUCAUAGAGCGAUAGAGAAACUGAAACGACAGAAGAAACUACAACAACAAAGCGAAGGUGUAGAUGCAGCGAUGAUGGAUGAAAUCAUAGAGCAAGAAGAAAGGAUCGCUGAAAAUCAAAAAGGUGGUGCGAUUCUUAAUGUACUAUCGAAUCGUUUGAUUCGUUUGAGCGGUGAUCCUAAAUGUAAAAAGAUAUACACCUUCCUCCUCUCCAAAGCAGUUAUUCCUUACUUUGACAUUUUACAACAUUGGAUAUAUCGUGGAGAAAUAAGGGAUUCUUACGACGAGUUUAUGGUGAUAGAAAAAAUAAAUGUGACAAAAGAAGAUAUUAAGGAGGAUUUCAAUGAUGCAUAUUGGGAAACACGGUAUACCUUACGAGAAACUUCAAUUCCAAAUUUUUUAUCACCUCUGAAAAAUCAAAUAUUAUUAGCAGGGAAGUUUUUGAAUGUAGUAAGAGGAUGUGGUGUGAGUUUAUUAGCGAGUCCAGAAGAAAUGCAAAACGCUUUGGUGUUAGAAGAUCAGCGGCGAUUACAACAGCAGCAGCGACAACAGCAACAACAGCAGCAAAGAGGGAAGAGUGCCUUGAUGAGUAAUAGCCCAGUAACAGGAGUAGGUCAAAUAUUAAAAAGCAACGAUAGCUAUAUACCCAAUCGUAGUGAAGUAUGGACGGCCAUCAACGGUGUCCAGCUCGAAAGGAAUUUGGAAAUUGCCUACAAAUACGCUAAUUAUACUCUAUUAAAUCUGUUAAUUCAUGAUAACCAGUUAUUACCGCGUCUCAAAUCUAUCAAGCACUAUUUUCUAUUGGAUCAAGCAGACUUCCUUACAUCUUUCUUAGAUUUAGCCAAAGAAGAAUUAAAACAACCUGCAUCAGAGAUACCCCAGAGCCGCCUUCAGUCCUUGAUGGAUUUAGUAUUACGGAAUCCAUCUUCUGUAGCAGCCUAUGACCCCUUUAAAGAUGAUAUUGUAGUCGAAAUGAGCCCUCUACGCCUCCAUGAACAAUUAUUAGAAGUCAUAAGUAUAUCAGGCAAAAAUAACGCUUCAGCACCAGCAGAAACCGCACAAUCAGUGAAUUAUGCUCGUACUUAUGACAAUAAUGACAAUAAUAAUAAUACCCCUAUCCCAACGUCUUCCGCAUCUUCCAUCAACAAUAGCAGUAUUCACCUUUUCCAGUCUGCACAUCUUUCGGCUCCCAAUGCAAAUACAACACUGUUCGCAUCACAAGCAACUGACACUCCAUUGACAGGUUAUGAAGCGCUCACACUUGACUAUAAAAUCAAUUUUCCACUGUCUUUGGUGAUAUCCCGUAAAUCAAUCACUAAGUAUCAACUUAUUUUCCGCCGUAUGCUUCAAAUGAAAAACAUUGAGGACAAACUGUGUAACCUAUGGUCGGAUCAAAAGGAUAGAUUAUGGAAAAUGGAUACACAAGAUCCUCAAGUUCAAAUCUGGAAAUUCAGAGUAUUUCAGUUAAGGAACCGGAUGUUGACGUUUGUACAGCAAAUUGCAUUUUAUGUGGCUAACGAAGUAGUCGAACCCAAUUGGCUUAAAUUACAAGGCAAAUUAUUCAACGUGUCUACCGUAGAUCAAGUACUACAAGAUCACUCUGAAUUCUUAGAUAUUUGUUUGAAUCAAUGCAUGUUGACCAAUCCGAAGCUCCUGAGGAUCUUCAAUAAGAUUAUUGGUGGUUGCUUUUCGUUUAUAAAGGAGGCCAGUACAUAUACACAGUUACUGGGUGAUUUUGAACGGGAACGCGAGUUAGAUGAGUUUGGUUUACCUCGACAUGGCGUUAAUGGUAAUUCGCAAGAACGAUUCGAAGAAUGUUACAGAACCUUUUGUCGUUUAGAGGAUGCGUUCAAUUAUCAUAUGAAAUUAUUGUUGACAAGUCUUAACUUCUUUUCGGCGCAAGAAACAUCACAAUUCCUAUGUUUAGUAGUAAGAUUGGAUUAUAAUCAGUAUUAUUCGAAUACAACAACAACUUUAACUACAACAAAGACACAAACUGCUCUUCAACAAUAACAUAAUAUCAAGAUAUAUAAAGAAACCUCCGUUAUUAUUUACAAAAUGCAAAUGAUGGAAUAAAUAAUAAUCUAUAUCUGGAAUUUGUUAUGAUUAUGUACAUAAUGCAAGGUUUGAGUACUGGCUACAGCACUUCAUUUUCCGCUGCUAG